GUAGUGACGAGGGGCACUUAAAUACCAUGACAGAAAAUCGUCAGAUCAGCGAGUGAGUAAUGGCGGGGGGCGGCUUUGGGCUCUGGCUUUGUGGCUGUCUGUCCCACUUAGCGUUCUUUUUCGGAGAUGGUGGGGCUAGCUGCUUCAAUGUUUCUAUUGAAAAGUAUCGUACGGCAGUUUUGAUUGGCCGCUGUACAGCAAAAUAAGCGUAUCUCAGCUUAAGUACCCACUAGGAUUAAGCUACUCUGAUUCUUGAUGAAAUCAUUUCUUAGGCCAAAGUACCUCAAGACUAGGGAGUACUUUUAGAGUCAUCCUUCAAUAUUCCAUGGUAUCAAUCGGUUUCACUCGAAAUUUUCACAAGGUUUAAUAAACGAAACGACAUAAAGUUCAGGGACCAAACUAAAAUAAUCAAAUAGUUUAUGUAUAUUUUCUACUCAAUUUCUCACAUACAACCAACAGCACUUUGUCCUCGUUUCUACACCAAUCAAAACUAUGAGUUAUUUGAUAGCUCAUCAUCAAUCCAACGGUGUCCAGUCGAGGUAAUAUCAUGUCAAGCUUAAUCCUCGGCCGGCACCUAGGAUUGCUACGAUUUAAGUACCAUAUCCCUCCUACAUAUAUCCUUCGGCGGUGCAUAAGUACGCAGUACGCGUCACGGAAUGGAGGGGCCGUUGGAUUCAUUGGAGGUCUAAACGAAUAUCAGAUACAUCCAGGCCCUCAUAUCGAUGCUUUUUGUAAAAAACACAAUAUCCUACUGCCUUUUUCUACGACCCCCCUGAAAGGAUGGAAGCAAGGAGAAAAUAUAUGCAAGCUGCGCGUUCACGCAUCGGAGUAUCAUUGUAUGGAUGGCUUCUCAAUGAAGUAUCUCGACAAGGAAGAGCACCCGUUCACCAAAUCCGUCUUGAACAUGUACCUUAACAAGGCUAAAGAACCUCUUUGGUUUAAAGCAGUGUCUUUUCCCAACGCCUCACCUUUUCCAUGCAGAGCUGCGGCCAUGAGGAUCAAACAUGCAUUCUAUGAUGCAUUAGCUGAUCGUGGAUACGAUAAGCAGGGCCGGAAAAUCCAGUCGGAUGAUUUUAAUGUCAUCGCAUAUUUAUAUGGCACGGUGAGAAUUACUUGCGCGGACCCGAAGGCUGCUUGCAACAUCAAGUUUGCUGAGCUCGUAGAGCAGGUGAAGCCGAUAGUAUCCACGGUUGUACAAGGACUCGGAAGAGACGAGAAGGGUUCGCUUAUCGUCCAAAAGCCACGAACAGCAAAGAAAUUUAGCAACAAGAACCCUAAGAACCCACAGUCGAGGCCACCAAGGAACCCAUCAGGGAAGUCACCAAGCCGUCAGGAGAACAGAAUAAGGCCUCCAGCUAGAAAAUUUACUCGAUGAAUUAUAUCCAUAUGUUUUGAACUCAUAUUCCAUCGUAUGGCGAUUGACAACUAGAUAUGAGGUCAUAUAGACUCGUAUCCAUGUCAAAUCUACAUAUAUGUAGGUAUUAGGAAGUAACCUUGGAAGUAUGAUACUGUAAAUUUGCGGGGCAUUAAAUGUGAUAACACGUCCAGUGGGAAUAAUUUCCUGAGACGCGAAAUCGCCGCCCCAAAUUUAGUUAAAUUAGU